AUGGCGCGUCAACAACAGUUCAUGGCACUAUGGUUGGUGUUCGCGGUCCUGGUGUACGACAACCACGGUUACGUGUCGAACCGGAGAGGGAAAAACCAGAGACCGGGCGUACGGAGCUAUCCUGAAGAUGACAAGAACGUUCGUGGCGGUGUCGGCGCCGAUAUAAACGUCUGCGCUCUCGAACAGAAGACCACCAUCAACUUGUACUGUUACUGUGACGACUCGAAGUCGUUCGCGGCCACGUCGGCCGACUGUUGGGUGUUCAACGACGGCGAGCCUCGUGACUCGGCCGUCUGGCGCGAGUUUCGGUCACAGUCAAACGUGACAAAGCUGACGUUCAACGUGCGUGGCACCUCGUCCAAGACACUGUCGUUCGUGCCCACCGAGGCUCUGGCCCAGAUGCCGGAGCUCCGCACGCUGGAGAUCGUGUACGCCGACAUCGGGACCGUGCAUUCACACGCUUUUGCCAAUCUGUCCCUAUUGCAGGACCUCGCCCUGGUCCGGAAUAACAUCGUGCAGCUGGCUCGGGAUUCGAUCGCGUACAUGAACGACCUGCGCGUGGUCACGCUCGGUGACAACGCCAUCGAGAGCAUCAGCAACGACGUGUUCGCCCGGCUGCCCGCUCUUCGGAAGCUGUACAUGGACCGGAACAACAUCAGCUACAUUGCCGAGGGGGCUUUCGAGCAACUUCGAAAGCUCGAGGAGCUCGACCUGUCCGACAACAGGUUGACGGGAUCGCUGUCCAGGUACGUGUUCCUCGGAUUGGUGUCGGUAAAACGGCUGGACAUGCGGGCGAACCACUUAGACAGGGUGGGCCCGGAUGCAUUCGCCGAGCUGGUGUGCCUUGAGGAGCUCGUGCUGGAGGACAACGUCAUAAAGACGAUUGACGGCAGGGGAUUUUCCGGACUGCCCAGCCUCCAGCGGCUGAUCUUGGCAGAAAACCGAUUGACUGCCCUCGAUGACCGUACUUUCCAUAGUCUCGACAAGCUGAAGUUCAUUGACAUUAGAUACAACAACCUGCAAACGCUCACGUUCGGCGCCGUGGAACCGAUCUUGGAACGGCUCCGGAACACAACGUUCUUUUUCCAUUUUAAAGGUUAG